CCGUGCCUGUGCCUGGACGGCCGCUAUGAUGCCUUCAAGCAUCUGUGUGGCGGAAUUUGGGUGUACUUAGAGCUUUUCAGGAGAAAAAUUAUUCUGUGUUUUCUGGCUAGCUGCGCGUUGUUUGUACUGACACCGUCAUGAAACAUUCGUGGUGUUUUUAGGGACAAAAUUAGCCUUAUUUUCUCACACGAACCCCCUUUGUUUGACCCUGCCUUGCAGCACCCAGUCUUCACCGUUUCUGAAUUCCACAGGCAAGCCUGUAAAGCACAGGCUCUUGGUGAUGACCAGCCUGAAACUGCUGCUGCUGGUGGGCCAAGGCACGCUGUGAAUAGAGCUGUACCUGCUUAAUUACUUCUUUAAUAAUGAUUCUGUUACUGCUGAGGUAGGGUGGAGGGCGAUCUAGAGGGUGCUGCUUCUUGGCGUCUAGGAUUUGUGAGUUCACCCUUGCUCAGCUCCCCUCUCUGGGGCAGCUCUGGGGUGACUCAGCCUCCUCUGGGUCCCGCCCGAGGGCGGGGAGUUGGUUUUUGGGGUGGUGGCAGCAGUGCCGGGGCGGGGAAUAAUGCAAAAUGCGUCCUAGUGGGAUGAGUGGUGCUGGGCCCAUGACUCGUGGUAGCCUGUGGGUCUCUGUGGGGCUCAGCACCACUCGGCCUUGGGCUUUUUCCUUUGGAAUUUGGCCACCAAGAGGCCAACUGGUGUCCCUUUCUUGGUGGAGAGAAAGGCAGCCGAGGAGGUGACAGGCGGUGGGGAGGAGCACAGUGUCUCUCAGCGAAUUCAUUGCAUUUUUGGGCACAGGCUGCCCAGGUUCCUCUGGCUCUCAGCGCUGUGUUUGAGGAUGGGCUGGUUGCUCCUGCACCCCCAAGGUGCCUUCCAGGGCUGAUAGAUGGACUGGCUGAGGAAGUGCUUGAGGAUGGGGCGGUGUUUAUGGCAAGGGGUCAAAGCCAUCAGCGAGCCCCCCCUAUUUCACGUGGUUUUGUGCUGCUGUGCCCUGGUCUGUUGUUUUGCUGAAGGUGGUGGGUGAGUAGACAUGCAAAUACCUUGUGGAAGCCACAGCCAGGUGCUGGCAUGGAGGGAACACUCAGUGUCCAGCCAGAGCUCUUCAAAGACCUGUGGGACACAGUGGUGGUGUGGGUUGGGGUCCCCAAAAGCCUGACAGGUGCUGGCGGGUGUUGGGGGAUCUCCUGACCUUCAGCCCUCCUUCCCAGGAGACUUGAAGGUCCUUGGGGGUGAGGAAACAAACAGCAGUGUGCUGAGCAAGGAGGUGGAUUCAGCCCUGGGGCACAGCUGGGUCAUGGUGGCAUUGAUGAAGGAGUGUCUUGAGUGGCUCUGGCAUGGGGUGUUGAGGUUAAAUGGGGUGGGGGGACAUUUUUGGGGGUCAGAGGACAUGGGACUUUUCCCUGAUGGAAAUUAGGCAUCGGAAGGGUUGAGGAUGAUGAGGAGAUGAAGGCAGUGCCAGUUGCUGGCCACUGCCAGCAGCACCAGAGGAAUGAGACCUGGGAAAGGAGAAAUACAGGGGGGAUUUUGGGGUGAAAAUAUUAUGUGCUUGGUAAAUGUAACUCAUAAAAUAAGUGUGAGUGGCAAACGUGGACCUGUCUGUAUUAGUUAGGAAACCAGGGAAGGAAACAGAUCCGGGUGCUGGUGAGGGCUGGGCACUGACACCCGGGCAGUGACGGCGUGUGGCGGAUGUGGGAGGGAGGCCCUUGGGAGGACUUGGCUUCCCCUCCCUGCAGUCCUGGCCCCUUUACCCUGCCUGUGCUUUCACAUUUCCUGGCAGAGGCUGGAGCUGCUGGCAGCUGGGGGCACCUGGGCGUGUUCAGGGAGCUGUACCUGGGGAAGCAGGUAAUCCCAGAAGAUCUUUCUUUGCCAAACCCAGGGGCUGAUGCAUCCCGUUCCCUGCUCCAGUGCCAGACUCCUGCAUUCCAGGAUCCUUUCCCCACUGAUGGGAAUGAGGGUUUCUCCUCCCCAUUAUCUCUUGGCCUCGCUUGCUGCAGGUGUGUAUCUCCAGUGGAGAGAGCCAGUAACAGGAGAGGUGUCCCGCGGGCAAUCGGUGGCUGAGCAGCGUGCUGCCCACUAUGGCUGGUUGGUUUAGGCGGCUCCUGCACAAGCCCAAGCCCAGCUCAGUGGAAAGCCUCAAGUCCAGCCACUCUGCUUCAUCCUCACCUUCCUCCUCCUCAUCCUCUGCCAAGAGCUCCAGCUCUUCCAGCAUGAGCUUGGCCACCAGCUCCAUCUCCCUGUCGCCUGUGUCAGCACUGGACAUCAGCGCCUCGGACAGCCCCCGGUGGGACAAGACCUAUGACGUCUGCAUCUGCCACAGUGAGGGGGACGUGGAGCUGGUGGAGGAGCUGGUGUCCUACCUGGAGGGCCAACCUGAGAGCUUCCGUUGCUUCCUGCAGCUGCGGGAUGCGGUGGCGGGCAGCGCGAUGGUGACAGAGCUGUGUGACGCCGUGCAGAACAGCCACUGCUGGGUCAUGCUCAUAACCCCCGGCUUCCUGCAGGACCCCUGGUGCAGGUACCAGAUGCACCAGGCCUUGGCUGAGGCUCCGAUGGCCAACGGACGCACCAUCCCAGUGCUGAAGGAUGUGGAUCGCAAGGAUUAUCCGAGGGAGCUGUGGAACAUCUACUACAUCUACAUGGCGCUGAAGGAGAAAACCUUCAGGCAGAUCAGAGACACUGUCAUGCGUUACCUCCAGGAUCUGUGCCGGAGCUCCACAAAAAGGAUGGAGUAGUGCUGGGAGCAGGCAGAUGCAUCCCCGUGGGCAUCAUGCAGCUGUCGCCUUUGGAUCUCGGUGUUGGCACGUCCCAUUGGACCUCGAGGUCAAACCUGAGCUGCUCAGACCAGACCUGGGAGCCAAGGAUGGGGAGUUCCCCACUUCCAUGAGGGACAGUGGACCAGAGCCCGCCAUGUCCCAGUGGCCAAAAUCUCCUCAGCAGGGACAGGGACAUCCAUCACACAAACACUAAGGUCUGACAUCGGGUGGGUCUCGGGGUCACCAGAGCUCCUUACUGAGCUGGCGUUCUCUGUCCUGAGGGCUCUGGGAUCCCCACUAAGCUGACAAGGUGCCUGCUGGGCUGUGGGCAGGACAAGACGAGGCAGGCAAUGACUUUUCACGGAAUCGUUGCGACUACGAAAAUGCAGAAGUUUUAAAUUUU